AUGGCGUCGGGGAAUAUGGGUUUUGGAUUGUUUGAGUUUUUUUGGCCUGAGGUUUAUGCAAAAAUCAAAUUUCAAGUUACUACCAAAAGGAUUGAAGUUGAUUCUGUAUUGAAAAAGUAUGAAUUUAGAGAAAAAGCAUCCCACUUUGAUGAGAAUGAGUGCUCUAAUUCAAAGGAAAAAUCCUCUAUGACAGGUUCCAUCAAGAGAGGACCACAAGGUAUUACUAUUAUUGAGGGCCAUAAAGAGAAGAGGCAAAAGAUAGAUCGGAAAGCAUCUCUUCUGUGUACCGCCAUUCUGAAGAGUCUAACAUCGCACACAUAUGGCUGGGCUUUUAAUAAGCCAGUGGAUCCUGUGGCAUUGAAUAUUCCAGAUUAUUUUACAGUCAUAUCCAUGGAUUUAGGCACUAUUAAAUCCAAGCUGGAAAAAAAUAUUUACUUUAGCAUUGAGGAAUUUGCAGCUGAUGUUAGAUUGACCUUUUCAAAUGCCAUGACAUAUAAUCCUCCUAUGAAUGUUGUUCAUUUAAUGGUAACAGAGCUCAAAAAAAUAUUUGAGAGAAAAUGGAAAGACUUGGAGAAAAAAUGCAAGUGUGAAAAUGAACAUGGAAAAAUUAUGACUGGAGCAGUGAGGGGACAUGAGAAAAAAUUUUGUAAUAGGAUACAUCCCCUGCAAAAGGAUACCUUGCCCAAAAAGUUGCAAGUACCUGAAAUGAAAGAAAUUCAGAAGAUUAGUUCAUUGGAUGGAAGCCAUGCUAAAGUUGAGGUUCCUAGGUCGUUACAUAUUCGUUGCAAAUUGAUUCAGAAAAAACUUACACAAAGAAUGAGCACUCCUGUUUACGAUGUACUGCUAUCACCCAAAAAGGCUAUCAAUGUUGCUAUGCAGAAGCGCCGCUUUGCAGAUACUAUCUGUAAAGCACAAAAUGAAACACUUUUCGACCAGGCUUUUGCAUAUCUUGGUUAUGAUAACAUCAUGGAUCCUAAGUUUUUUGCCAUGAUGAAGAAGAAAGGAAGUCGGAACGACGCUCCCUCUGCCUCUAGCGACAAGGAUCCCUCUUCUACUCUAUCUCCUAUUCCGGCUACAUCUGCUACGGUUCUGUUCCCGGAGAUACUAUCCUGA